ACAAGAAAAAACAAAAACAUGUAAACAAACAUAUGAAUAUCAUGGCAUUCCUUGUCUGACGAGUUGCGGUUUCUUUAAAUUAGAAGAUAAUUUGCAGAGCUGAGAAAUUAUUUCUAGUCAAAUCUUAAGUUCAAUUGCUCAUUAUGAUUAUUGCUCUGCAAACCUUGAUUUACUUUCGCGAAUCAUUACUUAUUAUUUUAGAUAGACUGAUAGGGCCAUAUUAUAAACGCUUCAGUUUUUCUCUUAUCAAGAAGAGCAGUAGCUCUGACGAUGAAGAUUCUGAUGAGCAAGUAUUUUCCGAAUUUGAUGAUGAAAAAGGCGUGAUAUUUUUCCCACCGAUGUACGUGCAACGAUAUGCCGCUGUCAAUGAUUGUCUUUUGGAUGAAAGAUGGAAUGGAAAAUUAGAGAAGAUUGUUGACCUUGGCUAUCAUGAUAUGACUUUUAUAAAGUACUUAAAGGAAGUGCCUGGAGUCAAACAUAUCCUAGGAGUGGAUAUUGAGAAUGUAUCUUUGCGAUGUUCACCUGAUAUAAUUUGCGAUGGAGAAUAUGCACCUAGAAGAGAAACUCCACUGCAAAUUACCUUAUUUGAAGGCAAUGCAGCAGAUCCUGAUUAUAGACUUAUUGGUUGUGAUGCGGUAGUUGCUAUUGAGAUGAUAGAACACAUGCUGCCACAUGAUCUAGACAGGCUGGUCCAUAAUAUAUUUGGUUUCAUCCAACCACAAGUUACAGUUAUCACAACCCCAAAUGCCGAUUUUAAUGUUCUCUUUAAAUCCAUGGAGAAGAAUGGUCUUAGAAGAUGGGAUCAUUUGUUUGAAUGGAGCAGGGAGCAAUUCAAUGACUGGUGCAGUAAUAUUGUAUUAAGGUACCCAAAUUACACUGUAACUUGUAAAGGUGUGGGACCCGGUCCUACCGGAACUGAGCACUAUGGUUGCUGUAGUCAGCUUGCUCUAUUUGUUUCCAAGAAUUAUCAGAAACAACAAUCACUAACUAUAGAUAGCAUGGCUUUAGUAAAAAGUCUUCCAAAUGAAAAUAACUUGAGUGAGGUAGAAAGUUGGGAUUAUCCAGAUUCAAUACAUGAAAGUAAUAUGUUGUGUGCGCCACCUAACGAUGAAUCCUUUACCGAAAUCCCUUUCCCCGAGAAAAGGUCCUGUAUGACGAUUGUUAUAUUCAGCUCACCACCUAUUGAUACUUUAGUGUACAAAGAUAACACAUCACAGUGUAAUAUAGACAGAGAAAUCGGUAGGAGCUAUCUUAUGUUUGACGAAGAUGUGUCAGAAAAUGUAGUAGUACCAAGAAGGAAAGUGAUUAACAGAGUGUAUGAAAUUGAGGAUGUUUCUAGCAGAUUGCACUGUUCAAUGUUACAAGUGAGAAAAUUCUCUAAAACAACACAAAAUUUGAUGGCAAAGAAUAAAUUGGAUUCUAUAAUGCAUACAAGAGAAAUUGUUGAUGAAAUUCGACAGUUGACUAAAACACUGAAUUUAAACAGAAAUACAUUAGAACAGCAACACAAAGUUUGCACUUGGAAUAAUUUUAAUUGGGGUGAAAAUGCACCAUAUUGGAAUCAAUACUAUAGAGUUGUUAGAGAUUAUAAUUAUCCAUAUGAAAUAAAAACUGAAGAAAGCCGCAUAAUAGAAUUGAUAUCUGAUGAAAUAAAUGAACUGGUUGACUCUCAGAUCUCUUCCGAAGGAUCCAUGAAUAGUGAGAAAUUAGAAAUACCUUUAGAAUAUUUAAUGCGUGCUGUUGAGCACAUAACAGAUGACAUGGAUAAAGUCAAGGAUCUACUUGAAUGGAACGGUUACGAAGUGGUGGACAACAUUGUGAUACACUCGCGUUUGAUUGUCGAGAACGUUUCCAUGACAACGCCAGAAAACGACUACCAAGAUAACGACGCUCUCUCCGAUUGGGAUAUGACGGAGAUGCAUUCCACUUCGUAUUCCAAUGCAAGUUCGAAUUCAUCGCACCCGAAUGGUAAAUGGCUCCAGCGCUCUUUGGACUUCAAAGUUCGCAAGUUACGCAACAUGCUGACUGCAGACGAAGACAUAAGCACAGAGCUUGACCGCGUGGUCUGCCGGCUGAUGAAACUGGCUAUUACAACGCACAAGAAUAAAAGCAUACCACCGCCGACCUCCUGGCUUCAAUGCAAGCUACUAGAUCUACUUACGCUUACCGAGAGGGCUAUCCAAAGGAGAAAAAGAUAUUAUUUUAAUCAAAAUCUAUCUUUUACUUUUGGUGAUUACCAAACAAAUGCAACCAGAGAGAUAGAGCCUCUUAAAAGUACCGAAAAUGCGUCAACAAAGGAAAUUGUGUCCAAGUAUAGUCAUUUCGUAGAAACUACAGACAAGGAAUAUUACAAAAAUACAACGGUAGGAGCGUACCAGUACGUACACUUGCAAGUGGAAGACGACGAUAUGAGCGUUACCAGUAACGAAUUGAUUAAGGUUUACGAUUAUAACAAACAAGAGUGCAGCGCUUCUCCUAGUUUUGAUAAAUUGAAACCUAAUAAUUUAAAUUCAAAUGUACGGGACCCUUCGCCGGCAAGAACGUACCCUAUAGUUGACAAUUAUUCAGGAGUAAGUAGCUCCGGUGAUACGGAUCACAGUAUCAAAUUAAGCAAUGAUAGUAGAAGCAAGAAAUCAAGCAAAAAAGGUAGAAGGGAAACAAGCAAGGACAAACAUAAAAUAAAACUACUUAUCAAGAAAAGUAAGAAGUCAAAUGGAAAAGAAACUAAAUCCAAUGAAAAACAUGCGGGUAGUACAGAAAAAAAGAUAUAUUUCAAAAGGACAAUUAAUAAGAAAAGUUUUUGUAGAUGUACAAUUAAGAACAGCGUUUCUUCUGCUGAAUGUGAAAGUAACAAAGUAGAAAAUAAAAGAAAAUCUAGACAAAGUCAUCAAAUAAGGUCAAUCUCAAAACCGAUUCCUUAUAGCUUGGUGAAUCUUUGCACUCCAAACGAUGAUGAUGAAACCAAGAAACUCGUUGACGAUGUAAUACCCGUGGAAUCUAAUAAUAGUGAACAUCUAUUACCACGAAAUCAAGAAUCCAUUGCAAUUACCGAACAAAGUUGUGUUAUAGAAAUUGUUACCAACAAAACAAGUGAAACUUUAGCUCUUCAUCGAACAAUAACUACGGAUUUAAGUAACAGCAUAUAUAAAAAUAAUUUACUGCCUUUGGAAUUCAAAGAUACGUUGGACAUUGUGCCUAUAAUAACUAAAAGCGAAAGUUCUAUUCCUGAUACAUUGAACACGGAAAAUGAAGAAUCCCAAGCAAUAUUUUUAUAUGAUAUUAAUGAACCCAGUACAUCAAAAGGUAUACGUCAUAUCACUAUGGACGUGCAAUGUGGCCCUGAUACCGGAUUCGUAUGUCCAUAUUCUUCAGCAACAUCAUUAAAUAAGAUGACAAACGAUAACAUGAAUACAACAGAUUUGAAAUCUUUCAUUGAUGAAAGUGAACCAAUUCAUUAUUAUACCAAAUCUGAAGAUACUAACAAUGUAAAUAUUGAAAAUGUAAUUAGUCCUAGAAUGAAACCGAAUGGUAUUCAAAUUAAAGAUUCCGACAAUGCGUUAGAUAAGAAACUAGAGAUUUCUAAUAGCGCUGUGACUCAUACCGUUGAUGCUAUUGAAACAUUUAACGAGUCUCAAGAAAAUAUCUUUAAUGCCUCUGUAGACGUAGUUACUUCGGUAUGUAAGAAUUACGACGAUGUAUCACAUAUAAUUAAACCAGACGACACCUACUUUCAAACUCCACAAAACAUAAUAAGUAAAUUAUAUGUAAAUGAAGAUGAUCAGUCUAAACAUACCCCUAAUUACUUGGAACCGAUUAUAGAUUUGCCAAAAAUCAUAAACAGCACUGAGACAGAACAAUUUUUAAGGAAAGAAAUUGAUUUUAAAAACAGCAUUUGUAAUAUUGGUAAUGGCAAACUGGCAUACGGUGGUAUCUUUAUUCAUAGCUAUAAAGAGAAAACAUCCUGUGAAGAUAUAUUAUAUCAAGGAAAAUGGCAACGUUCUCUAGCAAAAACGUUUAUAAAGAGAAAUCCCGCGACUACGUUCACUUUGAAGAAAAUUACAGAGAGUCAUAAUAUAAAGAGGAGAAAUUCUAAACUUAGUUUGACUGCAAGAACUGGCGGAAAGACAAAUGAACACAGUGAAUCCAGUAGCAAGGUUCGAAAAAUAAAUAAUUCACUAGAAACUAAAAAGAAUAAUAAUGUUUCAAGCAAUAAUAAAAAUCUAGCAAAAAGGAAGCCAUCGGUAGAAUUAUGCAAACCAACAAGACGUCGUAAAACUUUAAGAGAGGUAGCGUCAAAAACAGUAUGUUUUGAUUUAUCCAAAAAUACAAGAUUUGAACGGGUAACGGUAAAAACUAGCAAAUCCAAAAUAUAUCAAAAUAUUAAAAAGAAUAAGAAAAAGGUGACUUUUAAAGAAAGUCAUAGUAAAUGCGAGCUAAAUACCACAAAUGAGCUACUUAAGUCCAUGAACUGUACUGUAGAGAAAGGCAAUAAUGAUUUUCCUAAAAACUUAAUGAACACUAUAAAUGUCAAAAAAGAAUUGAUGAAAUUUGUCCGAGAACCACAUGAGAAACUUGUGUAUUCUGUUUUUCGUAACAAAAUUGAAAAUGAAACUGAUAAUCAGAGACACAGUAAACCUGGUAUAGAGAAUAGAAAGAACAAGGAACAUAAAAGCGCCCGAAACAUACAGGCCGCAAACAGUUCAAGUUCAUCCACAAACAGCAUAGUUACAAUUAGACAGUUGUCACCACCAUCUCAAAACAAAAAGAAGUUUACAUCCAAGAUUACCUUAAAAGUAAGUAAUAUUCCAAAGGCAAGUUCCAUGAAGGAAAAACUUAGCGUACCCGAAUGUUAUAAGAAAUCGUCUGUAAUGUUUGAUGAUAAGGAGAACAAACCCCAAUCAUCAAAUGUUAGCAAUGUUCAGUGUAACAAAGAAAACACACAAACCGUCAAUGAAAGAAGUAAAAGUAUUCUAAUGUCCCAUAAUACUAUAUCUAAACAAAAAAAUAAGUCCUUAAGUAUCAAAAAGUCUAUAGAAAAUAUAGAAGAGAAACUCGCAGUAUCAGAUUCGUCGAAUUCUAGCAAGGUUUCAUCAGUAGAGUCCAUAAAAAAACAAAUUAAUUUCAACGCAAACACAUCAAAUUUAGUCUUAUCUAUGGCUUCUUGUAAGAAAUCGCUUACUAUGGAAAGUGACAAGCUAUCUUCAGACCCAGGUUUAUCUGAAAAUAAUCAAGAGGUAGUCCCACUGAACAGUAUAAUUGAAUUAACAUGUAAAAAAAAUGAAAUAAAUGUAUCAAACAGUACCUCCGAUGAAACCGUGUAUCAUGAAAUGAUGAAUGUUGUUGACGAUAUGCUCAAUUUCAUUGACAACUCUGAGAGAAAGUCUAUUUUAACUAUUGAAAGUAAAAAAUUGAUUCCUGACGAACAUAAGAAAAGCGGUGAAAAGGUUCAUUUUUACAACGCAAUUGAUAAUGAAUCCAUUGCAACAUCAUUAGAUUCAGGACCAAAACAAGUGAAUCUAGAUUUAAUUUCAUUUAAAUCUUUUGCUUCUUUAUCUGGUUAUUCAGAAUACUUCUUAGCUGAUAGUGAAUUAAGUACUACGAUCGAUUCUUUACAAGUAAAGACACCUUCCAAGAGAUCAUCCGUUCAAGACAUAUUUGAAAGAAAUGACCAAAAUCGUCUUUCGUUUCCAGGAGAUUCAGUACAAGGCUUUAGUGGUUUUUCAAUAAAUGAACAAGUAAUAGGUGAUCAGCCAGAUUACGCCACUCUAAUUAACCCCGAAACGGGAAGUAUGAGCCACGUUAUGGAAACUAGGCGGGCGACAUCAGAAGAAGUGUUUACGUCUGGUCGUUCAUCGGAUACAUACGAAUCGUGUCAAGUGGACGACGACGCUCUUGUGCCACAUUGGCUUUUCCACGCUAUAAGCCAGCAGCAAUCUGAUGAAGACAGGGAGCCACAGCAAAACCUGUCCCCUAUUCCUAUGCCUACUGUGGAACCAGACCUUGACCUGCACGCUAACGUUAUGGAACCAGGCGUGGGGGGAGUAGGAGGGGCGGCCGGUGCUGGCGCUGGUGACGGCCGCGGUAUCCAUAGCGACCAGGACAGCUCGGGCCGCGAUACGUCGAUGAGCUCGACUGAAACAUCAUCUGGUCAACAAAGCGAUGUAUGA